AACGGCUGACUAGUACUAGGCGCGCAUCACGUGGAAGUGGUGACGCGUCUGCGGGCGGUGACGUCACCAGUCUUGUUGGUGUGCGUCAGGAAGCAGGAGGAGCACCGCAUGGACAAGAUUGAGGCCGCUGGGAUCGCUAGGAACCAGAUCCUGGGCGGCAGCCUGCAGGACCUGCUGGCGCCUCCUCAGCGGCUGAUCAAGGCCAAGUCCGAGAGUUCCGUGGCCUCGCUGUGCAGCGCUGCCACGGUCUUGUCCGCCAGCCACGACCAUGACGAGUUCUGCACAGACGACCUGGAGAGGAACCGGUCGAGGUCUUUGGAGCCGCUGAGCGGGCUGGCGAUGUGGAGCGACCACAUCGAGUACAUACAGCUGCUUAAGGAAGACCGGGGGCUGGGCUUCUCUAUUUUGGACUACUUGGACCCAUCCGAGCCGGGCAGUUCAGUGAUAGUAGUCCGGUCGGUGGUGGGCGGCGGCGCGGCGGCCAGCGACGGCCGCCUGCAGCCCGGCGACCGGCUCAUCUCCGUCAAUGGCCUGGACGUGUCGAGGAGCCCGCUCGCUGCAGCUGUUAGCGCUAUCAAGAGCGCGCCCAAAGGAAUUGUUACGAUAGGUAUCGCAAAACCUCUUCCCUGCAGUACCGUAGUGGGUGGAGAGAAAGCCAACGGCCACAGUAUGCAGAGUAGUCAGGAAUGUAUAAACUCCCUGGCGUCGGACGACCACACCGGCAUGGACUCUUUCCAUGAGUGCCUUCAAGAGUAUGGCGAGGGUCUCGAAGUGGUUCAGAUCUGCCUGGAGCCAGAAGAAGCGUCUAUCAAGGACGAGGAGCUGUCGGCUCUAGGCGACCUUAGUUUAGAAGACUGCAAGAAAGACGAAAGAAAAGGUAGUAGAGAAAAAGUUAACGGCAUCGGCGAGUUCAAAUCAUCAAAAUCGGACGAUUCUUUAGACGAACCAGAUGACGACAUGACAAUAACAGAAGACGAUGUCCUGACUGCCCCUAGAGAGUUAAACUUAAGAAGCAAAUCUGCUGAUAGAAAAGAAAAUGGUGAGAGGAGUCUGUCUAAACAACAGAGUAAAGAUAUUUCUACCUCUGAUGAAAUGGUUUUUGCUGUCACACCAACAGGCUUAGAAAGAAUAAGCUUUGACCGGUAUUGGAAGGAGUGUGACGAAAAUAAAGUAGAAAAGAAAAAGUUAGAAGAAAUCAAAAGCGAUGAGAGUUGGAAGGAAUGUAUAAAUACCCCGAACGAUGAAACUAUUAGCUUUUACGAUGCCACUACUAGAAUAUCCGUCCAGGAAGAUAGCAAUUCGCUGUUGUACAUCGAUCACGACGUAGAUGGCUACGAAACGUGUCUCGACGAUGACUCCUCUGCAAAGUGUACAGUGAAAAAUGCUCGUAAAUUUUCCAGCGAUAAACACAUAAAAGAAAAAAGUAAACACGAUAAAAUAGCUGUUAGAAACAAAGACAACGACGCAAGUGCCAAAACGUUUGAACAGAACACUGCCAAUUCCGUCGACGAGGUGUCGUAUACCCGGCCUUACGUGCAGGAGCACAUAAUUAAGCAGAUGAAAUCAUUGAGAAUAGAACCCUUAAAUAUAAACAUUGCCCAUAAGAAGCAAAAGAAAAAAAGCCCGACCAAGCCGUCCAAGCACGAAAGAAAGUGUAUCGAAUAUUACAAUGACCAAGACGAAUGUUUGAAGGAGAUUAGACAACAGAAAUUAGACGAAGAGGAAAAGAAAUAUAAAGAGGAACAAAAGAAAUUGUUAGAUAAUAAUACAGCUGUGAUGGAGAAGAAAUUGCAACUGAAAAAGAAGGACCCAAGCGAAGAAUCGACGGAUCUCGAAAACAACUACGUACCGGGAUGUCAUAAGUGUUUUCUAGAAAAUUACGCGUAUGCAAUCACCAAAGCGUAUAUGGCUGAAGCAAGCGCGUGCAAGUACUGUGAAGUGAUACGGGACAUGCUAGAAGUUCCUAGAGGUUUAACUGAUCGGAGAAUGUCAGCGCCAGCAUUGGUGAAUCUGGAGAGCCCGAUAUCAGAUACUGAUGAUGAAGACUUGCUGAUGGUGCCUGUAUCCCAGAAUAGGAGAAAGUCUGCUGGACCCUUGAAGUUUCUUGUGCCUUCUAGAAGAGCGAGCUACGUCCAGGCAGCGAUGACAGUGACCGUGUCCCCCGAGCGGGGCCCACUCGCGGCGCAGCGCUGGGGCCCCCCGCGCCGGGUGGCUAUCAAGAGGAGCCCCGGGGCCCCGUUGGGCGUCAGCAUCGUUGGAGGCAAGGUUGACAUCAUCUCAAAUCGCGAUGGAGAAGAUGGCGAAGAGAAAGCUAUCUUCGGGAUCUUCAUCAAGAAUGUAGUUCCUGACAGCCCUGCGGGGAACUGUGGGGAAUUACAGACCGGAGACAGGAUCUUGGAGGUGGACGGAGUGUGUGUGAGGUCAGCGCAGCACGAGAGAGCGGUUCAGCUGAUCAAAGCGGCCGGGGAUAAGGUCACGCUGACUGUCCAGAGUCUCAUAGCUUGGAAUACAGACUCGUCAGACAUAGACGCGUCUCCGCCCGCGGCUUCGCCCGCGAGAUCCGUCAAGAAGUCGCCGUGUCCCACACCCGUGGCUGAGAAAACACCUAGACAUGAAAUUAAGAUAACAGUGUCAGAACCAGAUCUAGAAAACGAGAAAGAGAUAGACUCUAUCACAGAGAAGGAGUCAGAAAGAGAAACGACAUCAGAAGAACAGCCUGAACCGAAGCCGGUGUACUCGGACUCGGAAAGCAGCGAUGAGGAGGAUGAAAGAGAGUUGCAAGGCAGGACUUACUCUGACAAAGGAGUUGAGAUCGACCGGGCCUCAGCAGGCGCCAUCAAGCGCAGCAAAGAAGAAAAGGAGGCAGACCCAGAGCAAGAAGACGACUUCGGAUACACAACCAGUGAGUGGAAAGAUACAUUAUUCACACUGAUCAACUUCUCGUUUUACCUUGUUCAUGUUUAUUUCUACGCGUGCCUUAUUGAACAUAACAGGUGA